AUGCCCGUUCUCGACCUUAGCGAGCUCAACAUUGUCAUCGCCGUCCUAGGCGCUUUCAUUGUUGGGUAUGGCUUCCUGUCGGUGAAGAUCAAGCAAGUCUGGUACUUGGGAGAGGCUCUGCCGGCCGUCAUGAUCGGCAUAAUAUUAGGUCCCGUGGCAUCGAGAUUCCUGGACGCAGAGCGAUGGGGAUUCGCCACUGAGGGCCAACAGGAGGCCAUAACCCUGGGUCUCUGCCGCAUCGUGAUCGGCGUCCAGCUAGUCAUCGCCGGAUUUCAGCUUCCUGCGAAGUACCAGCAGACAAACUGGAAGGAGAUGGCCAUAUGUCUGCUGCCGGUCAUGACUAUUAUGUGGAUUUUCACCAGCUUGUGUAUCCUGAUCACCAUCCCGAAGCUUUCUUUCCUUGCGGCGCUGGUCAUCGGCUCCUGCGUUACCUGCACCGAUCCGAUAUUGUCGCAGGCAGUUGCCAAGGGCCCUUUCUCCGAUAAGUUCGUCCCGCGAGCGUUGCGAGAAAUCAUCUCCUCUGAAGCCGGGGCCAACGAUGGAUUCGGGUUCCCCUUCCUUCUGUUGGCCACCUUUCUGAUCCGACACGCUGACUUGGCCGGCGUCAAGUUCAAGGAAGGAGUGUCCGAAGCAGUCUCCCAAGCCUCGGAGGGUGCAGUCGAGACUGCCGCUCACCUUCUGAAACGCAGCGAAGAAGAGAUUGGACGUCUCGGUGGAGGCGUGCCGAAGGCCAUGGAACAAUGGAUCGUCGAGGGUUGGCUGUACAUCAUUAUCAUGUCCGUUGCCAUCGGCGUUGUCAUCGGAUAUGGCAGCAUGUACGUGAUCAGGUAUGCCCUGAGGAGGCGGUGGAUCGACUCGGAGUCCUUCCUGCUUUGGCCCAUGGCCAUUGGCCUUUUCACCAUCGGUGUCUGCGGUCUGCUCGGCACUGACGACCUCCUCGCCUGCUUCGUCGCCGGUAACGCACUGAAUUGGGAUGGCGUCUAUCUCGAGGAGGCUGAGAAGCGACACGACGAGGUAAACAGCUGUUUCGACGUAAUCCUCAACUUCGGCGGCUUCAUGUACAUCGGCACCAUCUUCCCCUGGGAGCAAUUCCAGAUGCCUGACGUUACCGGCAUCACUGUUGGCAGGCUCUUCAUCCUUGGUUUCCUCAUCCUGAUAUUCCGACGCAUUCCAGCCAUCUUCAUGACUUACAAACUCAUGCCAAGUUGCGUCAAAGACUGGAAGGAAGCGCUCUUCAUGGGAUACUUCGGCCCAAUUGGAAUCGGAGCAGUCUUCUACGUCGAGCACACUCGCCACCUUUUCCCCAAGCCCGGCGAAGCCAUGACCGAAGAGGAAGACAACUUGACUCGUGCCAUGGUUCCCGUCGUCUACUGGCUCGUCUUCUUCUCCAUCGUCUUCCAUGGCCUGUCAAUCCCCGCCCUCGACGCAUUCUACCGCUGGAAGGGCGUGGAGCCAAUUGUCGAAAUGGACCCCGCAGAAGUCCGUGUUCUCUCCGACCGCGAAGUCCUCCCGCCGAAUUCGUACGUCAACCCGAAGCGCCGCUCGGUUAUCGUGCACAACCGCUUCUCACGACCCGUGUCCGGCGUGGAGCUACAGCGUUGGUCGAAUGAUAGCGCUGCGGAUCUGAAGAUGAACGCGGCGGAGCCCGGGUAUUUGGACAAGCUGGAGUAUAUACAGCGAUAUGGUGGUGCGAUCGAUAAUACGCCACGACAAUGA